AAACACUCUGCCAGCCGUUAUCAGUGAAUUAGGAGAGAAUCAGAGAAGGACAGGAGAGGAGGUUUUCACUGACUGCAACAUUAAACCACUCACUCACCGCGGAAAAGAAGGGCGUCAUUGUCAUGAGUGUGAGCUGAAGUAUUUGUAUAGGCCUAUCAUUAAAAACGUUCAGCUCGCAAUCUCAGACGCUCCCCCGGACAACGUCGAUCUGCGUGCGUCGAGGGCGCAAUUACGCACGCCCUCUCUCUACCCCCUUUGCCAUUCACUCUCUCUCUCUCUCCACACACACACAUACACACACGCUCUCACUCUUCGUGGGAGAAAGUAAAGAAGGGGAGAGGGAAAGAGAGAGAAGGGAGAGAGAGCGUGAUUCCAGGUCUCUCUCUGCUGCUCUCUCCACUUUGGGUACUUGUACCCAAUCUGACUCAAUGGGGCUUUAGCACUAAGGGGUUAAACGUUAAAAUAAAAGAUAUUUAUUCACCCCAAACCCCUUUUAGUGUGUAGGUUUUGUGCAUUAACAUAGACAGACAUAGGUAACCCAUUAAGGAAAGUCUCCGGGAGAGAGGUAGAGACGUCUCCAGAGGCGUGCCUUUUUGUCCGUUGCCUCGCAGAAGGUUCAGUCGGGUCCCUCUCGUCGGCUGGCUUUCCGUGAGAGGAUAACUUCCAACAUAUCCUGCAUUUACAGCUCGACCAGGCCGGCAAACUACCGCAGCACUAUGGAUAUUGGAGCUUGUCCCUUCCGGAAGAAACGGAGACCAUGGCGCAUGGACUUCUCAUCCUUCGCCUUGGUAGCCGUGGCGCUCGCUGUGUGCCAAACGACCGUGGUUCGGGCAGACCCAGUGGAUGUGUUGCGGGCUCUGCAGGUUCCCUCUCUCCCUGAGGGUGUGAAGAAAGUCCCCGGCUUCUGCACAUCCCGUCGCUCCGGCAACCCCGACCAUGCUUACCGCAUCACCAAGAAGGCCCAGAUCUCUGCCCCCACCAAGCAGCUCUUCUCAGGUCGCUUCCCGGAGAACUUCUCCAUCAUGGCUCUGGUUAAGGCCCAUGCUGGUCUCCAGGCCUUCCUCCUCUCCAUCUACAGUGAGCAGGGCAUCCAGCAGCUGGGCAUCGAGCUGGGACGCUCGCCUGUUUUCCUGUACGAGGACCAGAACGGCAAGCCAGCCCCCGAGGACUACCCGCUGUUCAGAGGCGUCAACCUGGCUGAUGGCAAGUGGCAUCGCAUUGCUUUCUCUGUUUCCAAGAAAAACGUGACUCUGCUGCUGGACUGCAAGAAGAAGAUGACCCGCCCCCUGCCCCGGGGCAACAACGCGGAGGUCGACACCAAUGGCAUCACAGUGUUCGGAGCCCGUCUGCUUGAUGAGGAGGUUUUCCAGGGAGACAUCCAGCAGCUGCUGAUCGCCUCCAACCCCCAGGCUGCCUAUGACUUCUGUGAACACUACAGCCCUGACUGUGACUCCCCUCUGCCCAAGACCCAGGCUCAGGACCCCAACACAUACAAGAAGGCGCUCAAUGGAAAAGCGGCCCCCACUAAAACCACCCCUGUCAAAGCCAAACCCACUCCAGCUAAGCCGGCCAAGACUGGAUCAUACAAACUUGUAGUCAAGCCGCCUUUGCCCACCAAAGUUUCCAAGUCCUCCACAGCCAAGACAUCCAAGGCAAAGCCCACUGCAGUAGAGAUCCUCCUGUCUAAGAUCAAACCAACAGCAGCAGUUAAAUCUAAGCUGACAGUUGGCAAUGGUAAAGCAGCUGCUGAGAAGAAAGCAAAUGGUGCAGCUAAAGCCAAUGGCAAUGGAAAAGCAGCUGUAACCAAAACUAACGGCAAUGGCAAAGCUACAGCUGAAGCUAAGCCUACAGCUCAGGUCAAGAUCAAUGGCAAGGUUGUAAUUGAGAAGAAAGUCAAUGGUAAUGGAAAUGGAAAAUCCUCAGCAGAAAAGAAAGCCAAUGGAAACGGAAAAGCCACUGUUGUGUCUAAGGCUAAUGGAAACGGUAAUGGCAAAGCUACAGCAGAGAAGAAAGCCAAUGGGAAUGGUAAAACUACCAUUGAAGUUAAAGAGAUUAAAGUCAAAAUUAAUGGCAAAACUGAGAAUAAAGUCAAUGGUGAGGCUAAGGCUAAUGGCAAUGGCAAAGUUAUCACUGUGGUAGAAAAGAAAGUCAUCAGUGCUGCAAAUCAGGCUAAAACUGAAACCACUACAAAAUCAAAGACUGAGAAAGUUGUUAAAGUAGAAAAGACUGUGUUCAGUGCAGCUAAAUCAGCUGCCAAAGUAGAAGCUACCAAGACACCUAAAGCCACAAAAGCAUCAAAACCUGAACCUACAAAGACGGCAAAGGCUGUGGCCACCAAAGCUGCUGCAGCAAAAACCCAAGUGAAGACAGAGAUCAAAGUUAAAACUGUGGUCACCAAAGUCCCUCUGGUCAAAUCAACGGCGAGCAAAGUGGUGAAGAAUGUGGUCGAAAAGGUUUCGAAGAAAGUAGCCGCUGCCAGGCCCACUCCACCCAGACCCACAAGAACCAAGAUGGUGGACAUUAAUGUCAAAUCCCAGCACAAACCUUUCCCACCCUUUGGCAAGACUGCGCUGAGUGGAACUGUCGUCCCAGCGAAGAAAAUUACCAACGGUUAUCAACAGGAUGUAGGCACUGAAUAUACCGAGGCUGGCCACACCGCUACAGAGACUGAUUAUUACUAUGAGGAGACGGACCCACUGCCAGAGGGUGAGGUGAUUGGACAUGAAGUGGUCCCUGUGCAGCCCCAGGUGGAGACAACACUGGUGGGAGAGGAGGUAGAGGCCACCAAGGCAGGCAGAGCGGGCGAGGAGGUCUUCACUGAGGAGUAUGUGACAGGGGACGAGAAGGAAUACGACUAUUCCUACAGGGACUACAAUGAGCCGAUAAUGGAGACCGGAGAGGUCGAUGCCAACAUGGGCCCCGCCCUGUCCGCUGUGACAGACGAGGGAGGCGCCGCCGUCAGAGGCCUGAAAGGAGAGAAAGGAGAACCUGCCGUCCUGGAGCCUGGUAUGCUGAUUGAAGGCCCUCCAGGACCUGAGGGACCUGCUGGUCUUUCCGGCCCCUCCGGCCCGUCUGGACCUCCUGGCUCUGCUGGCGACCCUGGCGAGAGGGGUCCUCCUGGUAGAGCUGGUCUGCCUGGAGCUGAUGGAGUCCCUGGACCUCCUGGAACCUCAGUGAUGCUGCCUUUCCGUUUUGGUCAGAGUGGAGGAGAUAAGGGUCCGGUCGUCUCUGCACAGGAAGCCCAGGCAGCAGCCAUCUUGUCUCAGGCCAGGAUGGCUCUGAAAGGACCUCCUGGACCCAUGGGAUUCACUGGACGCCCCGGACCCCUGGGAAAUCCUGGAAGUCAUGGUCUGAAGGGAGAGAGCGGAGACCCCGGUCCUCAGGGCCCCAGGGGAACCCAGGGUUUGAUGGGACCUCCAGGCAAAGCAGGAAGAAGAGGCCGCGCUGGAGCUGAUGGUGCCAGGGGAAUGCCAGGAGAGUCUGGAUCUAAGGGUGACCGUGGUUUUGAUGGUCUUCCUGGUUUGCCCGGUGACAAAGGACACAGGGGUGACACAGGACCGAUGGGACCCCCAGGAUCCCAAGGAGAGGACGGAGAGAGGGGAGACGACGGAGACGUUGGACCCAGGGGUCUCCCAGGUGAACCAGGACCUCGUGGUUUGCUCGGACCCAAAGGUCCUCCUGGAAUCCCUGGACCUCCUGGUGUACGAGGAAAUGACGGGCACCAAGGUCCCAAAGGAAACUUGGGUCCCCAAGGAGAGCCAGGACCUCCAGGUCAGCAGGGAACCCCAGGAACUCAGGGAAUGCCAGGACCUCAGGGAGCCAUUGGACCCCCAGGAGAGAAAGGUCCCACAGGAAAACCAGGUCUGCCAGGAAUGCCUGGUGCUGACGGCCCUCCUGGCCACCCAGGAAAGGAGGGGCCUACUGGCACCAAAGGAAACCAGGGUCCCAACGGUCCCCAGGGAGCUAUUGGCUAUCCUGGCCCUCGUGGCAUCAAGGGAGCUCAAGGAAUCCGUGGUCUGAAGGGCCACAAGGGAGAGAAGGGAGAAGAUGGUUUCCCUGGAAUUAAAGGAGAUUUUGGUUCCAAGGGAGAGAGGGGUGAGAUUGGAGUACCAGGGCCCAGAGGAGAGGACGGUCCAGAGGGGCCAAAGGGUCGCGUCGGACCCCCUGGUGAGCUCGGACCACUUGGACUUGUUGGAGAGAAGGGUAAACUUGGCGUACCUGGACUUCCUGGAUAUCCUGGAAGACAAGGACCCAAGGGAUCUCUUGGAUUCCCAGGAUUCCCUGGUUCAAACGGCGAGAAAGGAACAAGAGGUCUCAGCGGCAAAGCAGGACCAAGAGGACAGAGAGGACCAACGGGCCCCAGAGGACAGAGAGGACCGAGGGGCGCAACUGGGAAACCAGGAGCAAAGGGAACUUCGGGCAGCGAUGGCCCUCCUGGUCCUCUUGGAGAGAGGGGAUUGCCCGGGCCUCAGGGAGCCAACGGUUUCCCCGGACCAAAGGGACCUCCUGGACCACCAGGAAAGGACGGACUGCCUGGACACCCCGGGCAGAGAGGAGAAGUUGGUUUCCAAGGUAAAAUGGGUCCACCUGGGCCUCCCGGAGUUGUUGGACCUCAGGGCCCAUCAGGAGAGACCGGCCCCAUGGGCGAGCGCGGCCACCCCGGACCCCCAGGUCCACCUGGAGAGCAGGGACUUUCUGGUCCCUCAGGGAAGGAGGGCACCAAGGGAGACCCUGGACCCCCAGGAGGCCCUGGUAAGGACGGGCCCCCUGGACUGAGAGGCUUCCCCGGAGAGAGAGGACUGCCUGGAACCCCUGGAGGUGGAGGACUGAAGGGAAGUGAAGGACCUGCUGGACCUCCCGGACCUGCUGGGUCUCCUGGUGAGAGGGGACAAGCUGGUACUGCUGGACCUGUUGGACCUCCUGGCAGACCGGGCCCCCAGGGGCCUCCUGGAAACGCUGGGGAGAAGGGAGUCCCUGGCGAGAAAGGCCCUAUUGGCCCGGCAGGCCGUGAUGGAGUGCAGGGUCCCGUGGGUCUGCCUGGCCCUGCCGGAUCACCUGGAGUACCCGGAGAGGACGGAGACAAGGGUGAGGUUGGGGAGCAUGGUCAGAAGGGCGCCAAAGGAGGGAAAGGAGAGCAUGGUCCGCCGGGUCCACCUGGGCCAAUGGGUCCCGUGGGUCAGCCAGGUCCUGCUGGAGCUGAUGGAGAGCUUGGCCCGAGGGGUCAGCAGGGGCCUUUUGGAGCUAAAGGUGACGAGGGAUCCAGAGGAUUCCCAGGAGCCCCAGGACCCAUCGGACUGCAGGGACUGCCAGGACCACCAGGUGAGAAGGGAGAGACGGGAGACGUUGGACCUCUGGGUCCUCCAGGCCCUCCAGGACCCCGUGGCCCAGCUGGACCCAACGGUGCUGAUGGUCCUCAAGGUCCUCCUGGUGGUAUUGGUAAUCCUGGAUCUCUUGGAGAGAAGGGAGAGCCUGGUGAGUCUGGACCACCUGGAAUUGUGGGAGAGCCUGGAAAGAAGGGUCCUCGCGGAGAGCGCGGCGAGAAGGGAGAGGCCGGACAACCCGGAACUGCUGGACCCGCUGGAGGACGAGGACGACCUGGAGACGACGGACCCAAAGGAAACCCCGGUCCUGUUGGUUUCCCUGGUGAUCCUGGUCCCCCUGGUGAGGUUGGACCCAGAGGUCAAGAUGGCGCCAAGGGAGAGAGAGGAGAAGAUGGUGAAGCGGGAGAGUCUGGCUCCCCCGGACCUCCUGGUGAGAACGGACCUCCCGGCCCCCCAGGAAAGAGGGGUCCAGCUGGAACAAGAGGACCAGAGGGACGUCAGGGAGAGAAGGGAACCAAGGGAGACCCAGGUGCUGUUGGCCCACCAGGAAAAACCGGCCCCGUCGGCCCCCAGGGCCAACCAGGGAAACCAGGGACAGAAGGUCUCAGAGGUCUCCCAGGAUCAGUGGGUGAGCAAGGAUCUCCAGGACCUGCCGGACAGAAAGGACCACCUGGACCCCUGGGACCUCCUGGUUUGCCUGGUCUGCGCGGAGACCCCGGUUCCAAGGGAGAGAAGGGACACCCAGGUCUUAUCGGUCUCAUUGGACCCCCAGGAGAGCAGGGAGAGAAGGGAGACCGAGGUCUGCCUGGGCCUCAGGGAUCCUCCGGACCCAAAGGGGAGACUGGAAUGUCUGGAGGCACGGGACCCAUCGGCCCUGCUGGUCCUCCUGGUCUGCCUGGUCCUCAAGGUAUCAAGGGAGCUAAGGGUGCUAGUGGAGGAGCCGGUCCAAAGGGAGAAAAGGGAGUACAGGGACCUCCUGGACCUCCUGGCCCCCCAGGUGAGGUCAUUCAGCCCCUGCCCAUCCAGAGGAGUCCCAAGUCCAAGCGCUCCAUCGACGCCAGCCAGCUGCUCCCCGAGUCCGACCCCGACAUGCCCGCAUCUGACGCCGCUGGCACCGAGUUCCUGAUGGGCAGCGAAGGCAUGGAGGAGAUCUUCGGCUCUCUCAACUCCCUCCGACAGGAGAUCGAGACCAUGCGCUUCCCUCUGGGCACCAAGGAGAGCCCCGCCCGCACCUGCCAGGACCUGCACCUCAGCCAGCCAGACCUCAAAGACGGAGAGUACUGGAUCGACCCCAACCAGGGCUGCUCCAGAGACUCCUUCAAGGUCUUCUGUAAUUUCACCAACGGAGCAGAGACGUGCCUGUAUCCCAGCAAGAGCAUCAACACGGUGAAGAUGAGCUCCUGGGACAAAGAGACUCCAGGAUCCUGGUACAGUCAGUUCGCCACUGGUAGUAAGUUCUCCUACAUGGACUCUAACGGCGAGCCUGUGGGCGUGGUCCAGCUCGGCUUCCUGCGUCUCUUGAGCGUCCAGGCCCGCCAGAACUUCACCUACCACUGCCACCGCUCAGUGGCCUGGUCCGACAAAAGUGCCAAGAACAGCUACGACAGGGCGCUGCACCUCCGGGGCGCCAACGACGAGGAGCUGAGCUACGAGACCAACCCUUACAUCAAAGCCUUGGUCGACGGCUGCUCUUAUCGUAAGGGCUUCGACAGGACGGUCCUGGAGAUCAACACACCACAGGUGGAGCACCUUCCUCUGCUGGAUAUCAAGGUGUCAGACUUUGGGGAGAGCAACCAGCAGUUUGGCUUUGAAGUGGGACCUGUCUGUUUCCAAGGCUAAAAACACACACACACAGACACACACAGACACACACAGACACACACCAUGCAGAGAACAACACAUGCAAAUGCUCACGCACACACACACAUGCACUUAGAGACACACGUAUAUAUAAUAAACAUACAUGCCCAGUAAUUUGUAAAUUAACUUGUAAAUGAUAUGAAACACACACACACACACACACACACACACACACACACAGACACACACACUUACACACACAGAUGCUGUUGUGAGACACACUCACACUCAAGUACGUGCCUGGGGAAAGCAACAUCCAUCCCAACAAUUAAUGGACGUCAAAAUAAAAGUAAAGAGGAGAGAAUUUUUUUUUAAAAACUGGCGAAGAGGAGACCAUCGCUCGGGCGCACGUCCGCGAGAAAGGAAGAAAAAAAAACCAGGAGAGAGUGUUCGUCGGAAUAAAACAGUGUUUUCUUUACCAGCAGCAAAGGGGCCGGCCUGAGAGAGAGAGCAAGCCGGCAACUUGAGGCCUGAAGCCCCCCGUCUCCGAUCCCCCUCUCACUCCUCUCUCCUCCCCGCUGUCUCUCUUUUUUUUUUCUUUUUUUUUUUUCUUCCACUCAUCUCACCUGCUCUACCUCCCCCCUCCUCCUCCUCCUCCCACAGAAGGGUCACACUCAGACAUGAUUUUGAUUUCUUUAAUCCCACAUUCACAGUGCGAGCAGCUUGAUUGACGGUCGCUCUUUCCCGACAGCAUCUAUGAGGAACAGUUAAAUACGUGUCACGGUUCUCUGUCGUUUUCCCUUCAGUCAUCCAGGUAGAAAGUUGCUGAGAAUUGAAAGCUUUCAUCCAUGAACUUCCUCUCAUGAACCAAAAGUCAAAUCACAACAGUAGACACCAAACUGAGAGGAAAAGGUCGGCCAGAGGUCACAAGCUUUUCCUCCACCUCUGUAAAGGUUAACGUCUCUGGUCGUCUAGUUUUCGUAGUGACUAGUCAGUCACGUUGCUCGCAUUGAGAACGCAGAGUAACCCUCAGCUCUUACCUUAUGACAUCAAAAGAAACCAAAGAAUGAAUGCCACCAGUUUCCACCCAGAGUCAAAAAAGAGGGAACUGACCGAAAGCACACCAGCAGGGUCUUGCUUGUUAGACUGAUCUGUUUUUGUCUUGUUUAAUCUGCCACCAAGUGAAUCUUCUACUCUUUGUAACAUUCUCCUCGUGACCGCCGUGCAGUUUUAUUAACAGUCUAAAUGAGUUAUUGUUUUUAUUGUUAACUGGACAAUCUUUCCUCGGCCCUGAGAGCAGCAGAAACUCUGUUAAAACUGUUCCUCUUGUUAACAUCGGACCAAACCUGCAGCGCGCGGCGAGGCGGGAUAGAAGACGUGUCGAUAUCUAGAUCAGUGAUUUUUAAAAGCCAUUAUUUUUUGUAAACUGUGCUAAACUCGAUGCUAUUGUAUUUGCAUGUUACUGGUGCAUUUUUAAAGGGCUGAUUCUUCCUCUUUAAAUCAUGGAUCGAGCUACCAGGGUCACUACCACAGUCCAGUAUUUCCUGAGUCACUUCCUGGGUGCUUUGAUUAUUGUUUUCCAUUCCAUUUGCAUCCAAGCAGAGAACACCGUCAGGGCUUAAACAUGUAAAUCAGAUUCAAAGUUCCCCCCUGCUCUUUUUUUUUUUUUCCUGCAGCAGUGAAUAAAACGCAUGCUUUACUGAAAGAAACUGUGUGGCAAGGUGCUAAUUAUACCAAAGCAUAAAAGUUUUAGUAUUCACUUUGAGUCCUCCAUUUUCUUUAGUCUCUUUUUCAUGAAGCUUUUUACUGGGGAAAAUGUGCAUUACAUUCCAUUUGUACAGAAAUAGUGAUAUUCUAUUGUAUUUAUUUAAAACAAACAGGGUGCUUUGAGAUUUAAAAAAAAAAAAAAAACAAGAACCACCAAAUAUUCCAGUCAAAUGUGGUAUAUUUCAUUUGUAUUUAUUUCCUGUAGCUGACGCUUGAAGGUCAAGUUAAACUCACUGCCAGCCUGAGUUACGGUGCUUCUGUUCACGCCCUGUCCAAACUCCUUUUGUACAACCAAAGAAUCUGUGGCCAUAUUUUUAUUGUAAUAUCCCUUUUUUUUUUUUAGUGUUUAUCAUCAACUGUACUGUGCUGUUAAAUUUUUUGCCUCCACUGUAAUGAUUAAAUGGUGACUCUCCAGUUCUGUCACAUUUCCUUGUCGUUGCUACUGUGUGACUUGGCGUAUGUCGGCUUCAGGCUCAGGUCGUUGCUUCGCUGGGAUUUGAAAACUCAAAUAUAUUUCACUCUGACGAUAUUGACACACAAUCCUCUGAGCUUUUAUAUUUCUAUGAGACCACAGCGAGUAGGGGGGAAGGUUGUGAGAGGGAGGGGACAACCCUGUCAGCCACCAUGGGAUUAAAAGUGAUUAAUAAGAUUAUUGUUUGUGGGUAUAAAGUGGCUGUGGGGUGAUAUCAUACUAGGGGUCUGGAUUCAUUUGGGUUUUUUUUUUUUUUUUUUUUUUUUUUAUUUGUUUGCCUUUUUAUUUUCUAAUAUAGCAGGGAAACGGGGCGGGAUGGCCAAAACCUAAAAAUAAAAAAAUCUGUCCUUGAGAUUCUCCAGAGAGAACGACCUCAACUUUUGUUUGUUUUUAUUGUGUUGAAGACGAACAUUUCAACAUAAAAAAAUAUGGUGCUGAAAAGAGAAAAAAGUAUUAUUUUAAAAUGUGUGUAAGUAAUUUUUUUUAAAUUCCUGUUUCUGUAAUAUAUAAUCUUUUUAAAAAGA